GUUAAAAAAACGACUUAACGUAGGCGCGGAGAUCGGAGCGUGGUGCGGCGUGCCACGGGCGUGCGGAGCUCUCCUCCGUGGAUCUCCGCGCAGUCGUGGCGGCAGCGGCGUGCGUCCCUGCUGUGAGCUUCCUCGCACCGUGUCUGUGCCUCUUGUUGUGCGCCUUCCUCGUGAGGCCGUAUACAUGGACGCGAAGGACAUACUAGGGCUUCCGAAGACCCCCUUCUCGUCCUCCCAGGAGAAGAAAUCGCGGCCGCCCAAGGAGCCGCAGCGCAAGCCUGAUGGCGUCUCGCGCGAGGUCUAUGCCCUCACCGGAGGGGUGGGAAUGCCCCCGCUCAUGCCGACCAUUGAGGCAUCGCACCUGAAGAGGCGGCCUGCUGCGGAGAAAGAGAAGGUAGCAUGGCAGUGGUUACCUUUCACGUCAUCCGCACGAACUGAUAACCUUCAACUCUAUCACUGGGUUAGAGUUGUUAAUGGUAUUCAGCCAACUGGGGAUUAUCAGUUUGCAAAAUAUAACAAGAGGGCGGAUGUUCUUAAAUAUACGGAUGAAGAGUAUGAGAAGUAUUUAGUUGACCCUGCUUGGAGCAAGGAAGAAACAGAUCAACUAUUUGAAUUAUGUGAACGAUUUGACCUUCGCUUCAUAGUAAUAGCAGAUAGGUUUCCAACUGCUCGCAGUGUGGAAGAUCUGAAAAGUCGUUACUAUUCUGCUUCUCGGGCUCUUCUAAUUCAUAGAGCUAGGUCAUUCGAAGAUGUUUCUGGGAAUCCCCUUGUGAAGGAUGCCUAUGAUGCUGCUCAUGAGACUGAGAGGAAGCGUGCAUUAUCAGCACUUCUCUCCCAAACAAAGCAGCAAGAACGAAAGGACGCCGAGACUUUAGCAGAAGCAAAACGUAUCAUGGAAUCUCGUGCUGCUAGCAAAAAUGUUGAUGUAGCUGUAAUGCCUCCGAACUCUGAUAAUGCUAUGGUACCUGUUGAUGGUGUAUCUCCUUCAAGCAGUACUCAUCCAUCUUUAGCACAUCCAAAUACAUCAGCUAACAUCUUGAUACCUAAUUCACUACGAACGCUUCGAGUGUAUUUGAGAACCCAUGCGCUUGACCAAAUGGUCCAAGCAGUAGGUGCUUCAGCUGGCCUUAGAGUUAUCAAAAGGGUUGAUCAGACACUACAAGAGCUAGCGGUGAAUUUGAAGCCUAAGGUCCCAACGAAAGCAGUUUGCAUAGAGCAUAUUGAACUGCGGAAUGAGCUACUCACAUUGCUUAACCUACAAAAGCAGCUGCAAAAUAAAGAGGCUGAAGUUUCAGCUAACCGGGAAAGUUCCUUCACAGAGGCACCAAGCACACCUAAGCGUUCUAAUAGGGACAUUGAUCGGCCCUUCAUCCCUGAUACAAGUGGGUUUACAGGUGAAAGAGCAGGCAAACGGGAUCACAAGCGGAAGUCCACUGGAAGAUUUAUAGAUGCGCCUCCAUCACCACCCCAGUCGAAGCGGCCUAGAAAAUUGAAGGGAUCUGACUGAUAGUGCUGUUCAAAUGUCAGGAUGAAAACUCUAGUCAAACAACCAAGCACUUGCAGUCUUACAGUAGAGAUGAACUAGUAGAACCUAAUAGGUCAGCAACGGCAUCAAUGGAAAUCCGUUGGGCUGGCCAGUCAUGCAGGAACCGACUUUCGCUGCUUGCCCUGACUUCGGGCCAUAUGCUGGGUGGACCGGUUUUGGAUUUAUAAUGUAUCUAUCUAUUAUUGUCAUGUAAUGUUACACAGAUAACUGAGAGGUCGAAAUCGUCACUUUUCAGCAGAUUUCUGAAUUCUGAGUAUGGGAGACCGGUAAGCCCGACAAUUCCGUUUU